GUGAUUCUAGCAACAACAAGAAGAACGCCCCAACACGGAAGGAACGCCGCAAGAACGAAAGAAAUCAGAAAAAGCAGAGCCACCAGCAAUCGAGGUCUCGCCCGCCGCCUCAAAGGCCACAGCCGCAAAGACGUCCUCAGCCGCAACCGCAACGCCAUGUCUACUCAGAGAGCGAAGAUGAUGAACCUACGCCACCCCCAAUGCCAAAGUCGAAACCUGUAAAAGAUGCUGCCGACAAGCCUAAGUCGAUUCUGAAGACGACCAAGAAACAAGACCCGCCGAAAUCAAAGGCCCGUGAAGAGUCGCCACCGCCGGCUCGUGUAUCACGAGCUGUCAAGGAUAGAUUGGCUGCAGAUGAUGCUGAAAUCGCUGCCCUCGAAAAGAAAUUAGGCAUCAAGUCGACGAAACGCUCAAAGGCGUUUGCAGACGACGGAUUAGACGACUUAUUGGAAGGCCUGGACGACGAUGACGACGAAGGCAUUGACGGCACUAAGAGGAAGCGAUCAGAUGACGACGAAUGGUUGCGACAGAAGAGGCGGAAGGUCAGUCAGGCCAGUGUCGCACAGCAGGAACCCUCAGACAACGAGGAGAGCGAGGACGGGGAUGAGGAUGAGGAGGAGGAAAUGAGUGGUGACGAAGACGAGGACGAUGGCCUUGACGGCAUCAUGGACGGUUUAGGCGAGAACCUGGAUGGCGAAGAUGAGGAUGAAGAAGAUGACCUGGAAGAUGGCGACGAGGAUAUGGACGAAGAAAAAUUCGCAGACUUCGACGAAGAUGACGAGGACAGCGAAGAGGAAGCGCCUGCUCCGAGAGUGCGCGAGAACCCCUAUGUUGCUCCUGUACCUGCUGGCGCUGCUCCCGUUCAAAAAUACGUUCCGCCGUCUUUGCGAGGUGCUCCCUCCUCGGACACUGAAGCCCUGGCACGCCUCCGUCGUCAGAUCCAGGGUCAACUCAACCGUCUUUCUGAGGCAAACCUGCUGUCCAUCUUACAGACCAUCGAAGAAAUCUACCAGAACAACCCUCGUCAAUAUGUCACAACAACCCUCAUCGACCUUCUACUCGGACUUAUCUGCGACCGCACUACUCUGCAGGACACUUUCCUCAUCCUACAUGCAGGUUUCAUGGCCGCUCUCUACAAGGUCAUCGGAACCGACUUUGGUGCUCAAGUCAUUGAGCGCAUUGUCAACGACUUCGACAGACACUAUACUGGAGGCACCACAGCAGGCAAGGAAACCUCGAAUUUGAUGGCUCUUGUCUCCGAGCUCUACAACUUCCAGCUUAUUGGUUGCAACCUGGUCUUUGACUACAUUCGUUUGUUCUUGACAGAGCUCAACGAGGCCAACACAGAACUCCUGCUGAAGAUCAUCCGUAACUCUGGUCCUCAACUUCGCUCAGAUGACCCUACAGCUCUGAAGGAUAUCGUCAUGUUGGUUCAGAAGGAAGUCACCCGCAUUGGAGAGGCAAACUUGUCAGUGAGAACGAAGUUCAUGAUCGAGACCAUCAACAACCUCAAGAACAACCGUGUCAAGACCGGUGCCGUUGCAUCUGCUAUCGUAUCAGAACACACGACAAGGAUGAGAAAGACGCUUGGAUCUCUCAACAACAGAUCUUCGCUUAAGGCAAGCGAGCCUCUUCGUAUUGGAUUGGCAGAUAUCCGCGACACUGAGAAGAAGGGUAAAUGGUGGCUUGUUGGUGCAAGUUGGCUUGAUCCCGGAAAGCAGUCCAAGGACCAGGAAGACGAGCCCGCUGUCAAAGUAUCGAAGAACGACUCAACGACAGUGUCCGCAGAUGACGGUAGCGUUGAUUUGAUCCAGCUGGCGCGUCAGCAGGGUAUGAACACAGACAUUCGUCGCGCCAUCUUCGUCACCAUCAUGUCAGCCUCAGAUUACCAGGAUGCACAUAUGCGUCUCCUCAAGCUCGGUUUCAAGAAGGCACAGGAGCUUGAGAUACCUCGCGUGCUGGUUCACUGCGCAGGUGCUGAAGCCACCUACAACCCUUACUAUACACUCAUCGCUAAAAAGCUCUGUGGCGAGAAGCGCAUGCUCAAGGCCUUCCAAUUCGGACUCUGGGAUAUCUUCAAGCGCAUGGGCGAGAAAGCAAUGACGGCUGACGAUGAGGAUGACGCUUUCGACGAUGACGAGGACGAGAACAUGAGCACUCGUAAAAUCGUUAACCUGGCACGCUUUUACGCUGACCUCAUGACGGAGGGUGGUUUCCCUAUCACGGCCCUCAAGACACUCAAUUUCGCCUACCUUCAACCUAAGACGAACACGUUCACUGAGGUGCUAUUGACUAGAAUUCUCAUCAAAAUGAUGAAGAAUUCUGACGGUAGCAAAUGGGAGCUAUCAGUAAACGAGGUAUUCUCAAAAGCUCAAGAUGUACCUGAUAUGGUACAAGGCUUGCGCUACUUCAUCGAGAAGGUGGUUAAAAAGGCCGAAAUCGCCAAUGGCAAGAAGGAGCGAAGGGCAGUGAAAGACGGCUGCGCGGCAGCUAUCGAGGCCUUGACGGCG